AAUCCAAGUGAAAGUAUAGCAACCAAAAGAGCAAACCCAAUCUCACCAAAAACCAAAAACAAAAAACAAAACUAAACCAACAAAAACCAAAUCAUAAUACCAAUCUUCUAUGUAUCCCCGUGCAAAACGAAACGAAACGAACCGAACCAAACCAAAAAUCGUUUGCAAUUCCAAAAACCCUGAAAACCAAACCAAACCAAACGUUAACAAACGAAAUGACUUAAUAAACCAACAACCAACCUACCCAAAUUGCUGCCCACCAACCCAUGAACAUCAUCUGCCACAUGCAAUUCGAUGCAGGAUUCAAACGGCCGCUGAUAUGCGCUAUCUCCACGACUUGAAUGUCCAAAUAUCUCAGAACCGACGCUCCGUUUCCGUCUCCAAACAACUGGACCGGGACCUGUGCAAUCAGCAUUUCGACACCUUCGAAACGUUUUGGGGACGGCCAGGACAUGGGGCCCGUGGCGAUCACGUCAACAAAUUAAAACUGGAAAAUCUGCUGUAUGGCGCCAGCGAAACCUCCUAAAGCAAAAACCUCCAGAUGGUGGGUUCUUGGAUACAUGGAUAAAGGUUACGGACACGGCCAAGGGACACACAACCUCUCCCCCACCCCCAACAAACACUUCCUGUCCAUUCAGUCUGCUAUGUUUGGGCAUUCCUAUGCUAGCGUACGGCUCGUAGUUUUUGUGCCGAAAAUCAUUUGCCCAGAAAUCAAUCGAUGCCAAGGUCCGUUGAAACAGGAAAAAAAACUAUUCCAGUUUAGCUGAUAGAGAAAACAGAAUAGAAAAACUUUAGGUUUUUUUUCGUGAAAUUUUGCCAACUUGCUGCCAAUUGUAAGUUGACCAAAGUUUUGAAAAAGUCAGCUGGGUUAGCAGUACGAGGAAAAGCCAAGGUGCGCAAAACUAAAACGGUUGAAGGUAAGGAGAGAAAUAGAAAGUCACAAUCCAUUGUGUCGUCCAUUUAGUUAGUUUUGAUAAAUAACAAAUAACAUUUAAGCAAAUUCAAGUCUUAGUUCGGCUCUGUCGAUCAU